AAAAGCCCAGCAAGAAUUCUGAGGGAAAGUUCAUGUUGUCAUUAAAUUAUAAAGCUGAAGAUGAGCACAUCAUGCAGCGCUCUGCCACGGAGAACCUCAUUCCCGUUAAUGUAUAUCCAGAACUUUACAGUACAGAUCUAUCAUAUAAUCCCCUUAAUUAUGAGGAACCUUCUCCUGACCAAUCGCACAAUAUUACCACACAUACAAAUCUGAAAGGGAGUGAAAGAUUUCAUUGUGGUAAAGAGUUCACAAAAAGCUCAGGUUUUCCUACACACAAAAGAAUUCACGCAGGAGAGAAAACAUAUCAAUGUUCAGUAUGUGGGAAAUAUUUUACAUAUAAAUCAUAUCUUGUUAGACAUGAGAGAAUUCACACAGGAGUGAAGCCGUAUUCAUGUUCAGUAUGUGGGAAAUGUUUUACAAUUAAAUCAAAUCUUGUUAUACAUGAGAGAAAUCACACAGGAGAGAAGCCGUAUUCAUGUUCAGAAUGUGAGAAAUGUUUUACAGUUAAAUCAACUCUUCUUAGACAUCAGAAAUUUCACACAGGAGAGAAGCCAUAUUCUUGUUCAGAAUGUGGGAAAUGCUUUAUAAAUAAAUCAAAUCUGGUUAAUCAUGCUAGAAGUCACACAGGAAAGAAACCAUAUUCAUGUUCAGAAUGUGGGAAAUGUUUUACAGAUAAAUCAUAUCUUGUUAUACAUGAGAGAAGUCACACAGGAGAGAAGCCGUAUUCAUGUUCAGAAUGUGGGAAAUGUUUUACAAUUAAAUCAAAUCUUGUUAUACAUGAGAGAAAUCACACAGGAGAGAAGCCGUAUUCAUGUUCAGAAUGUGAGAAAUGUUUUACAGUUAAAUCAACUCUUCUUAGACAUCAGAAAUUUCACACAGGAGAGAAGCCAUAUUCUUGUUCAGAAUGUGGGAAAUGUUUUAAACAAAAAUCAGAACUUGUUACACAUGAGAGACGACACACAGGAGAGAAGCCAUAUUCAUGUUCAGAAUGUGGGAAAUGCUUUACACAAAAAUCAGAACUUGUUACUCAUGAGAGACGACACACAGGAGAGAAGCCAUAUUUAUGUUCAGAAUGUGGGAAAUGUUUUACAGAUAAAUCAAAUCUUGCUAAGCAUAAGAGACAACACACAGGAGAAAAGCCAUAUUCAUGUUCAGAAUGUGGGAAAUGCUUUUCAGAUAAAUCAAAUCUUGUUAAGCAUAAGAGAAGUCACAGAGCAGAGAAGCCAUAUUCAUGUUGAGAAUGUGGGAAAAGUUUUAUACAAAAAUUAGAUCUUGGUUUCACAUAUGAAUUAUCUGAUUUCUACUAUUUUCACAUAUUUUAGCAUAUCAGGUUAUUCAUUAAUCUUAAAGGCUCAAUAAGAAGGUUUAUUUUUGGAAGUAACUA